ACUGAGUCAGCCGAAGACAACAAACACGUCUCCACCGACACACACUGGCACAAACAGCCCAGCCACUAAUCAGUCUGGGAGCCAGCAGCAGAGAGGCCAGCCUCCGGCAGGGCCAGGGAGAGGGCGAGGAGCCACCCCGGAUCGCGCCGCAGCUGCCCUCGCACCGGCUCCACGGAGUGGAGUGCUGUUUCUUCCUCCUGGGGUUUUUCCACUGCCCUAUCAAGUAACCAGGCCACUCCUGUCCCUCUGGGAAACUCCCGUCGCCAGGAACUCAGCUUUUUCGGCUCUCCUGGACACGCGGCCGAAGGUCCCUGCUGAGCAGAAACCCGGAGGCCUCUGCUUUUGCCAGCGAAGGCGGCCUCCCUGGUUCUCGCCGUUCACUGCUCCAGCGGGACCAGAUGGCCCCCAGCUGCCCUUGAACCGGGCUUCUGAGGUACCAGGCUUGUCUGCUGGCUCCCCAGGGCCCCAUGGAGAUCUGGAGGAAAGGCUCCUUUCGCAGUGCCUCCUUCUUCAAGCGGCUGAGCCUGUGGCGGCCGCGGAGACUGCGGCGACAGGGCAGCGUGCUCAGCCAGGCCAGCACGGCUGGAGGGGACCACGAGGAGUACAGCAACCGAGAGGUCGUCCGGGAGCUGCGAGGGAGGCCAGAUGGCCGGCGCCUGCCACUGUGGGGGGACGAGCAGCCCCGGGCCACCCUGCUGGCCCCGCCCAAACCCCCGCGCCUCUACCGAGAAAGCUCCAGCUGCCCCAACAUCCCGGAGUCCUCGUCCACCUACGCCGCAACCUACUCUGCCACCCUGCCCUCCGCGCUCUCCCUGGCAGACGGCCUCCACCAAUACUCCGAUGAGGACCUUUUGGACACACCCCCCUUCCAGAGGACACCUGCUCCGGACCUCAGUGAUCCCUUCUUCUCCUUCAAAGUGGACCUGGGGAUUUCACUUCUUGAGGAAGUUCUACAGAUGCUGAGGGAGCAAUUUCCCAGUGAGCUGAGCUUCUGAAUGGGGGGAGGGUGGGCAGAGGUGGGUGAAAGAGCCAGAAGCCUGGGGACCCAGAGAAGGAGGGGAGAGUCGUGGAUUAAGGUAGGGAUAGGAAUCCAGGUCCCUGCCUUCCCUCUGGGUCCUGAACAGUUCUCUGAGUCACCCCAGAGUGGAGGGACAGAGGUACAGAGGCAAGCUGGAAAUGUGAGGGGGCACCUGCUGGCAGAAGCCCUGAAGGCAGCUAGCUAGGCUGGGAAAGGGAGGCCACGCCUACAACCACAGAGACCAGGCAGAGGCCAGCAGAGAGGGAGGGAGGCAUAAGGGGUGAGUCCAGGAGUGGAGGACGCGCAGACUGGGCACGACAGAUGGGUGCCCUGCGCCAGCUCCCUCUGAAGCCACUGUCAACAGAACGAGGUUACAGGACAGGUCUGGGCAAAAGUGGUCCAAUCCAGGCUGGAGAGGGAAGUGGGAGACCUAAGGGGAGAGGGAUGAAACAAGCGUGACCUUGUACAGUAUGGUAGUCACUAGCUGCACAUGGCUGUUUAAUUGAAAUUAAAUACAAUUAAAAAUUCAGCCCUCAGUCACACUAGCCACGUUUCAGGUGCUCAACAGCCACAUAUGUCUAACGGCUACCAUACUGGACAGAGCAGAGUGAACGUUAACAUCACUGGAGAAAAGUUCUACUGGGCAGCACAGGCCUAGACCAUGGCCUGAGGCCUGGCGGGGGAGGGGGAAGCAUAUGGGGCCUGCAAGGGAAGGGAGGGGCCGACAGAGUAGGAAGAGUGAGGCAGGUAGAGAUACACAGUGUAACUCAGGAAAAACGCCAAACAAAUCACUAGCAGAAAAGGGGGCAUGAGAGACUCAAAGUGCCAGUACAGCUGCCCAGAGCACGAGCACUCCCUGGUGCCCAAGGAAGGAGGCUCUGGGGACGCCAGGCACAGACAGCUUGCGAAAGAGGGCUGUGGGGAAUUCCCAGAAUUAUUAGUGAUGGGAGCCCUUGGGAAAUGCCACAAAAAACAGUGGCAGGUUUCCCUCCUUCCUGCGCCCAUGAGAAUAUGGGAGGGAGGACUGGAUCAGGGACAGACACGAAGCUCAGAGCUGUUACAAUGAAGAGGCAAGCUGGUCUCCAGAAUCCUCACCAGGACUGAGGAACUCUGCUUUGCUCAAAACCUCUGACGACAAAAAAAAAAAAAAAAACCUCUGACGACGGGACUACAACCCCACCCUGAGGCCUGGCCAAAAGACUUGGAGCCAGAGCCCAGUUGGCCGCAUGUGCUUCUGACACCCCAGGCCUUUCCAGGUGUGGCAGAGGGGGAAGGGAAGCCUGGACACACAGCGCCUGCACAACCCAAACCUGUGGCCUCCCCCUUCCCUCCUCUUGUGUGGCUGCGCUGAACUGAAAGCCCCCGUGGGAUGGUGAUAAAGAGAGCUCUUUGUAACACAGCCUAUGGAGUGCUGUCUGGGGCUGUGAAAUGCUGGGCCUUAACCGUGGGGAAACGGUCUCUAAAGAAGGGUCCCGAGUCAAGCUCAGACCAGGUCCUUUGCCUCCUCUGUCCAGGGUCUGUGACACACUCCAGAAAGCUCCCCAUCCUCACGGCCAGGUGAGGGGCGUGGUAGCGGGGUGCCUGAGGCAAUGGGAGCAGAGCCCUUGCUGACCCGAGGAGGGGCAUUCUUCCCCACAAAGGGACUGGAACAUAUCAGCCUGAGGCUCUCACACAGAUACCCGGGCACUUCAGAGAAGGGAGAGAGAGCUCUUGUCCCACCUAAGUGGGGGCAAGUGUGACCAGGGCUGUGUGUGUGUAUACGUGUGUGGCGGGGAGCAGAACAUAAGCCUUCGUGGAGCUGUGAGGACUAAGAGCCGGUGUUGGGCGUGUGUCAGCUCAAGUGCGUGCUUUACCACAAGUCGGGCACCAGGCAGCACCUCAGUGUCGGCAGGGUAGCCAGUGUUAUUUCUAAAGAGGAGAUAUGGCCUCUUGACAUUAGGUCCCCAUCUGGGACAGCCAUGGACACACCUGGAAGGAAGCUGGGGAAGGAAGCAGCCACCCUCGUCACCGGCCCCUCCCCUAAAGCACCAGGUCAUCUCAGUGCCAAACGCUUCACGCUGCAACCAAGCAACCCGCAGGCCAGGACAAUGCCUUUGGGUGAUGAUGAGAGACCCCAAAGGGGACCAGAACAU